GGAGGCUAUUUUUACACCAAGAUUAUCAUGAAACUCAUUCUUAAAGAAUGCUUCAAUCAAGAAGAAAGUUAGAAAGCCCACCUGGCAUUUGCUGUGGUCCCAUAAAGGGACCAACAUGUCAUUGAGUCAAAUGAGACCUCGAACAUCACAGCUGGUGGAGCUUCAUGUUUUUUAUGUCCCAGCAGAAGUGUGGAACUUCAAGCUGAAUACGGUUCCUGUAGCUCUUACUAGCAAAUUUGUCUCAGCUGGAUUUAUAAGGGUGUCUCCUCACAUCACAUUAAGAGUGCUGCGGGAGAAACUUGGAGAGUACCUGGGUGGAGUGACAGUCACAGAUAAAUUCAGAUUCUUAAAAUGCAUUGGGAAAAAACUAGCAGUGGUGAAAGCAAAGCAGGAAACAGAACUGGAACUGAAGUCAUUUGCUCCUCCUUAUGCACUUUAUCCUGAAUUAUAUUUAUUACCUGGAGUGGAAUAUUUUGAAGAUGUUUAUCCAUUACCAUCAUCAACUCAACAAAAACAUCACAUUGUUGAAGAAGCUAAUAGGUUUGGUCAUAGAUCAAGAUUAUCCAGCCUUUCCCAACAGAAACCUGAAAAAAGCAAGCCUUUUUUAGAAAGUAUAAAAAACAGGCAUCCGGUAGAAAAUCUGAAAGUGCCCAAUCCUGUGGAAGGGGGUGAGAAAGAAUUUGUUCCAGUUUCAGACGCAAACAACAGGAUUCCAGAAAAACAGUUUGGAGGAAAAGGUCAAAGAGGAUCUGAUGGAUCUCUCUUCAUGCCAAGUCAUUCUAUUCCUGCGGAUCAGGGGUCCGGAAAGGGUGACCUGGUAUUACAGACCUCUGAGCAGAAUCCUCUCAGCCAAGAUCAAAACGAGUGCAGUGCUCCUAAGUGGAAUGACAAAGCCAAAGGAACUGCUCUUACUCUUGAAAAUCACAGUGAUGAGCAAGGCCAGGAACUAGCAAACAUGGAAAAUAAUGAUCACAAAAAAGAUACCAAAUUAAGAAGAGACAGAACACAGGAUGCUGAAAUUUUUAAAAUAAUGGAAGACCAAACUACAGAUUAUGUCCACAAAAAAACCCAAAGCUUGCAACAAAACAGAACUGAGAAGACUAGAGUUGGUCUUGGUGAAAAACUGGAUAAUCAGGCAGAUGAAAACAAGCAGAAUAAUCUUACUUGUCCAAAAGAGUGUAUUUCACCUCCUAGUCCACCCUUUUUGGCACUUACUGUAAAUCCAGCUCAAGUUCCUGUAAUUCAAGCAGCAAAAAACAAAAUGGUAGAACAAUUGCAACAAAUGAAGAAAGACAGAAAGCACAUGGAAAAAGCUAGAGAAGAACUGAUCAAAAAAGCUAAAGGGCUACUGGAACAAAAUAAGCUGAGAAGAUACCAAGUUCGUGAGGAAUGGAAGAAGAAAUACUUUGAAAUGAAGAAAGCUACAGUUUCACUGGAGGACACUUCAAACAAACUGCGACAAGGUUUAGAGCUGUACCACCAGAAAUUGCUCUUGCAGUUGGAAGCCAGAGAUAGCCAAAAACGACGAAACAAUACAACCUCCAAGAAUUACACAAUCAUCAGGAUUGCUACAGUGCAGCAUGAACUCGAUCAACUCAGGAGGAAGCUAGAUGAUACAAAAAUGAGACUCCUGACAGAAAUUAAGAUGAGAAAGCAGGCAGCAUCUGAUUUACGAGCACUGAGAGCGGAACUGACGCAGAAGAAGCUUUAAUUCUCGUCUAGAAAAUCAGGAAUUUAAGAAGGUGAGAUGACUAACAACUGUGAAGCUCUCUAGUGAAUGUAGAAGAGAAAUUCAGAGCAUUUGUUUGUAUGUUCUUGAAGUUAUUUUGUAAAAAGACAUUAACUAUGUUGUGGAAUUUGUAUACUAGGCUACUGAGGGAAUGUGGCUCACUGCUUUUUAAAUCUCACUUACUGUAUGAUUAGCCAGUGACAAACAUACAGUUUAAGCUAGUAACAUGUCUAAAACUAAGCUGUUAUUUUUAAAGUGAAAAUUAGUUAAUUGUGUAACAUCCCAGUGGUAUGCUGAUUUUCUUCAAUUAGCUAAAUAGCUACUAAGAAAUAAACCUAAAAUCUGUAACCUCCUAUCUUAU